CGUGGGGCGGUUAAUGCGCAUUGAGACAAACUCUCAACUACUGAGAGGAUACUCCGCACCGCACACUACAGUAGUAGACUAUACUCUACAGCCUUUGCUGACACAACAUAGUGCAUGCUCUGUUGCAAAACACAAUUUAACCAAGACAAUGUGUGUAAUCGCUUUAUGAAAUUGCUCUUCGGGAAAAAGUAACUAAGAAAAGAAAAAAUGAGCAGACAGAUGGGAAAUAGGCUUUAAGGCUGGACUCACCGGAAGAUUAAGUAUUGUCUCAAUCAAGACACCGAAUGCAGUCACUGGAAAUUAAUUUGAACACAAUUCUCUGGUAGAACUGGCAGGUUUUUCCCCAAUAAAAAAGAGGUUUCUGCUUCGGAACAGUGAAACCAGUUGCUACGUCGUCAGCGGUCUGGAACCUGGGCGGACUGCUCUCCUGAAUUGCAUGGAUUCAUGGUCUAUCCCGAAAUAACGAAGCCGAUCACCGCAAUGACAUCUGCACGUGCGUCCUCUUGUCCCAAAACGUUCCAAAGUGGAUUUAAUAUUCAUUCCUCCUAAAUAAACUUAUCAAACAUGAGAACACCAAGAUCACUCCUGGUCAUUUUCCUCCUACAUCAGGUGUGGUGCAGGAAGGUCCAGCUGCAGUUCCCAGAGACAGAGCUGAUAGAGUGGGAGGAGGGGGACCAUGAGGAGAAGUUCUCCCCCAGUGGAGCCGGUGCCAGUCCCAGAGUCCUCAACCCCCUGAGGCUGUUCGCUAGGGGGGUUCCUGGAGCUGUCGGGCACCCCAGCCUUAAACACAACCCCAUCAGGGACAUGACAUACCUAGAGAACAUGGAGGACUUCUGGGAUUGGUUAUCCAACCAGACAGAUGUUCAGGCCAGCCAGGUCAGAGCCAAGCGACGACCCAUCGUCAAGACAGGCAAGUUCAAGAAGAUGUUUGGCUGGGGAGACUUCCACUCCAACAUUAAGACCGUCAAGCUUAACCUGCUGAUCACCGGGAAGAUCGUGGACCACGGUAACGGAACGUUCAGUGUCUACUUCCGCCAUAACUCCACCGGCCUGGGGAACGUGUCGGUGAGUCUGGUGCCGCCAUCUAAAGUGGUGGAGUUUGAGAUGGCUCAGCAGUCCACACUGGAGACAAAAGACUCUAAAGCUUUCAACUGUCGUAUCGAGUAUGAGAAGACGGACCGCAACAAGAAGACGGCUCUGUGCAGCUUCGACUCCUCCAAGGUGUGUUACCAGGAACAGACACAGAGCCACGUCUCCUGGCUCUGCUCCAAGCCCUUUAAAGUCAUCUGCAUCUACAUCGCCUUCUACAGCGUGGACUACAAACUGGUGCAGAAGGUCUGCCCGGACUACAACUACCAUAGUGACACUCCCUACUCCUCCACUGGCUGAAGGUCUGCCGGACUACAACUACCAUAAUGACACUCUCUACUGCUCCACUGGCUGAAGGUCUGCCGGACUACAACUACCAUAGUGACACUCCCUACUCCUCCACUGGCUGAAGGUAUGCCGGACUACAACUACCAUAAUGACACUCCCUACUCCUCCACUGGCUGAAGGUCUGCCGGACUACAACUACCAUAAUGACACUCCCUACUCCUCCACUGGCUGAAGGUCUGCCGGACUACAACUACCAUAAUGACACUCCCUACUCCUCCACUGGCUGAAGGUCUGCCGGGCUACAACUACCAUAAUGACACUCCCUACUCCUCCACUGGCUGAAGGCCUGCCGGACUACAACUACCAUAAUGACACUCCCUACUGCUCCACUGGCUGAUCAAGUCUGUAAGCUGGAUCUCCCUUAGAGUUAGUAUGAUCACAAUAUCACCAACCCUUGUCAAAAUAGCACCAACCCUGGUCACAAUAUCACCAGCCCUGGUCACAAUAUCACCAACCCUGGUUACAAUAUCACCAACCCUGGUUACAAUAUCACCAACCCUGGUUACAAUAUCACCAACCCUCUUGACAAUAUCACCAACCCUGGUUACAAUAUCACCAGCCGAGGUCACAAUAUUAACAACCCUGGUUACAAUAUCACCAACCCUCUUCACAAUAUCACCAACCCUGGUUACAAUAUCACCAACCCUGGUCACAAUAUUACCAACCCUGGUUACAAUAUCACCAGCCCCGGUUACAAUAUCCUCAACCCUGGUUACAAUAUUACCAGCCCUGGUCACAAUAUUACCAAUAUCACCAACCCUGGUUACAAUAUCACCAGCCCUGGUCACAAUAUCACCAACCCUGGUUACAAUAUCACCAACCCUGGUCACAAUAUCACCAACCCUGGUCACAAUAUCACCAACCCUGGUCACAAUAUCACCAACCCUGGUUACAAUAUCACCAACCCUUGUUCAACCCUGGUUCUGUUAGAAUAACCACAACAUGAUCAACAUGGUAUCCCCAAGCUGAAUCCCCAAGCUGACAAGGUAAAAAUCAGGUGUUCUGCCCCUGAGCAAGGCAGUUCACCCACUGUUCAAGGCAGUUAACCCACUGUUCCC